AUGGCUGCUCCUAAUGUUCUCACUUUUGAUGCUGAGGGUCGAGCUGUCGACUUUGAGGUCUGGGUCGAUGACCUACAGCUUUUCCUACAGUGCGAUAGGACAGAUGGUCUCUCCCUGUUCGAUCUCACGUCUGGCGCCUCUCCUGCCCCUCCUGCCGAUGCUGACAGCAUUGUUCGCUCACAGUGGGCCACACGUGAUGCAGCUGCCCGUCUUGCUGUUCGUAGUCACUUGCCGUCCUCUGAGCGCGCGCACUUUGGUCAGUAUAAGAGCGCUAAGACCCUGUACGACGCUGUAGUUGCACGCUACUCUUCCCCUGCCACUGCUGCUCUUAGUCACCUCAUGCUGCCGUACCUGUUCCCUGACCUCGCCACAUUUUCCACAGUCGCUGACCUAGUUACCCACCUUCGCACUAGUGACACUCGCUACCGCGCUGCGCUCCCUGCUGAGUUCUGCACCAAGAACCCCCCCCCCCCCAUGUACAUCACCCUCUACUACGUAGUCACCCGGCUCCCUGACUCCCUUCGCUCGGUCAGGGACCACUUCCUCUCUGUUUGCCCCACCACACUUACCGUUGACCUCCUCGAGGAGCGCCUCCUGGCAGCUGAGAAGAGCAUAGUCGCUGUAGGAGCCUCUCGUGGUGACCCUCGUACUCCCUUCUUUGAGGGGUGUUCCCCCUCCCCCCUCCUGCCCUCUGUUGCCUCUGCUGCUGCGGCCGACCUCGUUGGCCUCGAGUCGGUCGGAGCUGCGUCUGCCCCUAGUGGGAGACGCCGCACCGGCAAGGGCAAGGGAGGCAAGGGGGCUGGAGGAGCUGGCGGGGGCGGUGGAGCGGGGUGGGGGUGCUGGUCCCUGUACCUACGUCCUGCAUACCGGCGACCAUACGGUUCAGCAGUGCGGGGGCCCGCACCCCACCCAGCGCUGCUUCGGCCGCCUGACGGACGCCUGGCGUCUCCAGUUCCCUGA